AUGGAUGCAGGACAACAGUGUUUAUCGUGUAGUAAUAUAGAAACUGUACAGGAUUGCCAACAUUACAUCUUGUGUGACGAUACUGAGGUUAUACAGAAAAGAAUUAACGGCUUUGUUGAUUUCUACCGUGGAUGGACAGCUUACAAAGAAGGUUUUGGUAAUGUUAGCGGUGAAUAUUGGUUAGGAAACGAUAAUAUCCAUGAGAUAACUUCCCAUGGCAACCAUGAUCUUCGAAUCGAAUUACAAGAUUUUGAUGGAAACAAAACCUAUGCAGAAUAUUCCAUUUUUAAUGUUGCUGAUGAAGGGAACGGCUAUCGUUUGCUUGUGUAUAAUUACUCUGGAAAUGCUGGUGACUCCUUAACUCAUCAUAAUGGUAUGAAGUUUUCUACAUUUGAUAAAGACAAUGACCAAUCCGGAUCAAACUGUGCAGUUAGUUUCAAAGGAGCAUGGUGGUACAGAGAUUGUCAUUUUUCAAAUUUAAAUGGUAAAUAUCUGGCAGGAUAUCACCUAUCAAGUGCUGACGGUAUUAAUUGGUUUCACUGGAGAGGUCAUCACUAUUCACUCAAGUCAACCAAGAUGAUGAUUCGAAAAUAUUGA